ACACACACAUGCACGAGCGUCCCUCACCGGCGUGCACGCGCUUUACACAACAUUACAGAGGUCUCGAGCACAGAAUAAACACCGUGCACCGUGCACUCAGGAUGUGAUCCAAAAAGACCCGACUUGGCAACACCGGACCUAAACUUCUAAAAACGGAUUACUUAUUUGUUUUAUUUCAUUGUGUUUGUUUGCUGUAACAUCCACUGGUUAUACUUUGAUUAUUUGUUUCAUAAAAAAAAACAACAACAAUUAAUUUAAAAGAAAAAAAAGCAUGCUGUGUGUGUCACCGCCGCCGGUGAUGAUGAUGAUGGUGGUGAUGGUGGUGAUGAUGAUGUGCUGCUGCAGUUUUGUCCCCGGUGCUGCGCGAGCUGAAGCUGCGGCUCCUCACCGGGACACGCUGGACUUCGGCUUUGUCCCUGCGGUGGAUUACGAGACAAACGCGUUCUAUGAGCCCGGAGCCGUGGACAUGCUCUUUCACAUAGUGCACGCGUUUCUGUACACGAUCCAACCAAACCCUUUCCCAGCAGACCUUAUUGUCAAGAUUUUGCAACAAAACAGGAAAGGACUCAAACCAGAGGAGCUCCAGAAGCCUGAGAACAUCGUCCUAACGCUUCAGGCCAUUUAUUAUGAGCUCGGCUUCAUCGUGCUGGCUGUGUUGGGUGUCGUGUUCGUGCUGCUGAUGCCGCUGGUGGGUUUGUUUUUCUGCCUGUGUCGGUGCUGUGAGAACUGCGGAGGCGAGAUGCACCAAAGGCACCGCAAAAAUGCUGAGUGUCAGCGUGGCUUCUAUACCUUCUCUCUCAUCACCUCGUCACUGGUCAUGGCAGUGGGAGUCCUGGUCGCCUACGCUGCAAGCCACAACAUCACGUCCCAGAUCAACAGCACCAAACGACUUGUUAGCUCCAACAUUAACGACCUGAAAUCACUGGCCAGUUAUACACCAGCGCAAAUCGACUAUCUGACUGCACAAUACACAACAGCCAGAAAUAAAGUUCUCUCUGAUCUAGACAACAUUGGGCCGUUGUUGGGUGGGCAGAUACACAACCAGCUAAACAGAGACGUGAUGCCAGCUUUAGACAACGUACUGCGAAUGGCAGCAGCAAUGCGUGACACUAAGGAGGCUUUAGAGAACGUGAGCACGUCUUUAGAGAUGUUACAAGAAGCGACUAGCAAGCUGCGGCAGUCUUUACUGCAGGAGCGAACUUCACUUUCAAACACGCUCAACGAUCCGUUGCGCGGAAAAGGAAACGCCUCACACACGUGCAACAACAUCUGUGCUGCAUUCGACCAGCUCGCUGUCAGAGCCGACUUCAAUAGGCUACCGGAUGUCACUCCUCAGCUAGCAAAUCUAGAAAGUGUGAUGGAGACGGAUCUCAGCUACAUUGUACAGAAGGGCUACUCUGCUUUUAAUGACACUUCCAGAAUAGUAAGCGAACAGACACAAGACAUGGACGCCACACUGCCCAAAGUGAAGGCUUUGUUGGACAAAUCAGGAGCAGAGAUUAUUGCAUACAUUAACGCGUUGUCAGUGGAAUCAGCACUGGAGAACUUCACUCGGUUUCUGACGGACGGAGAGAAGAAAAUCGGAGCGUUCUACCCACAGAUUGAGAAGCUUGAUUUUUACAGAUGGAUAGGGUGUGUGGUGCUGUGCUGCAUGGUGGUGCUGAUCCUGGCUUUUAACCUUCUGGGUUUGAUGUGUGGAAUAUGUGGCCAUGAUAAGAACACCACACCUACAACACGUGGCUGUCUCUCAAACACAGGCGGCAAUCUCCUAAUGGCAGGCGUUGGAUUCAGCUUCAUCUUUUCUUGGGUCCUGAUGGGAGUUGUGGUCACCUUGUUUGUAACUGGAGGGAAUGUGGAGAAGCUCGUGUGUGAGCCUCUGGCCAACAGACAAUUGUUUAAGAUUAUGGACACACCAUACAUGGUCCAUCCUGGUCAAAAGAACUUCCUUCCUGGAAUCCUGUUUCAAAACCACACCCUUGAUCUUACCAUCAGCAGCCUGUACAGUGAUUGUUAUGAGAAUAAUGGCAUAUAUUCUGCACUACAACUGGAGAACCAAUUCCACUUCAUUCAGUUUAUCAACAGAACCGUGAACAGCCACGAUCUGUCGGAGAUACUUGAAGGGAUAAAUGUAGACUUGGAAGGAAUAAUUCUGCUGGGGGAAGACGGAAAAGACAAUCUGAUCAAUUUUGCUAAUUCAGGAUUGGGAGAAAUCAACUAUGAGGCCUUUCUCUCAGAGGUCAAUAAAGGAAUAACUGUUGUAGAUCUUCUCUCCUUUGCCAGUGAAUUGGAGGCCGAGGCCGAUCGUCUGCCUCGUGGUGCUCUGGGAAAUGCUCUGAAAGGCCACGCUAGCAGCAUCAGACAGAUCCAUAGAGAACAAGUUGUGCCCAUGGAGCAAGCCAUGAGCUCAUUAAGUCAAAGUAUCAGGUUUCUACAGACCACAGUUGAGGAACUACCUAAUAAAGUGAAUAACGUGCUUAGUGCCAUUGAUUCAGCUGAGUAUCUAAUUGCCAACAACGCCUCACACGUGGUCAAAAAGGAGACGGAUAAAUACACACAGAACCUGAUGGGAUACCUUAAACAGUAUGUUAACUGGGUUCACCUUUCGUUAACGAUGGCAGUGACGCAAUGCAAACCCAUCAGUAACAUCAUUGACUCGCUGGAGAUUGUGGGCUGCAGUUUUAUAGUAGACUCCGUGAACACAUUCUGGUUUGGACUGGGUGGCUGCUGUUUGUUCCUUAUCCCCAGUAUCAUCAUGUCCGUCAAACUUGCUAAGUUCUACCGCAGAAUGGACACAGAGGAUGUAUUCGAAGACGGCACAGAGAACUGGAGUUGAACAGUCCAUCAAUGGAAUGACUUAGGCUUAAUUCCAAAGAAAGAAAAGUGAAGAUUAGAAGGAGUAAGAGAAAUAAUGCAGAAGGAGAUUCUGAUUGUUUUUUUUUUUAAUAGAUGUCUUUAUCACUGUAUUCCAUCCUAAACAAUUUUUUUUUUUUAAGUCGACUGUAAAAAGACAAUUUAUUAAUGAAGUUAUUAACGAACAUCAGUGACACUCGUUCAGGUUCUGAUACUUUGUUGAAAGCCAUGAUGUAUGAUUAUUCCAAUCCAAAGGUUACUCAGCAAGCCAAUUUUAAGGAUGAGUAUAAUUCCAGAUAUUAUGUCAUUUGAUUCAGUGACUCAUAUUUGAUUCGAUGUUUAAUUAAUUGUAAUUUCUUGCUGUAAUUUUAAUCGCUUUUUAAAUAUUUCUUAUGUUUUAUAGAUUUGCAGAACAGCGUGCUUGUAAGAAAACCCCUUCUUUGGGAGUUUUGUGAGGUUUUAUAGAAUUUUUUAUAAAUUAUUUCUGUUAAUAAAUUAUUUAUAAAUUAUUAGUUAUAUACAAAUUAUUACAGAAUUACAAAGAAUUUUAAGCAACGUCAUAAUUAUUUAUAAGUUUUAUACAAAAUAGACUGUCAUUUUCCAUGAAUGAGUUUGAGCCAAUAUGGCAACUAAAUCAAUGGUCAAUCAGCUUCCUAAAUUAUACCGAUUUUGGACUAAAGAUUAUUUUAAACUAAAAAUGUUUGGCAGCCAUAUUUUAACAUGAGUUAUAACGUUUAAUAUUUGAAAGAAAUCCAAGCUUUGUUUUGUUUUUUUUGGUUGUUGUUUUUUUUUUUUAACCAAACAUUAACUAGCUGUUUGAAGGUUGAUAACAGAUUAUGUAAGUUUAAAAUAAACCUUGCAUAAAAAUGUGUUUUUAAAGGUUUUCCUCUGAAUUUAUUUAUAAUGCUCAUUUUAUUAUAACCAAACAAUGAACAGAAUUUCUGCCUAGUUUUAAAGAAACAUGUUUGCAUGUUGAGGUUUUUCUUUUUUUUUUUUAAAUAGUAAUUUGAAGUAAAGCCUAAAAUGUUUAUUACAUUAAAGUUUGACUGGCCCUAGUAUACAAUUGUCAUUAAACAGUUUACAACUGUAUAAAAUUGCUAACAUUUUUUUUUCUUUUCUUAAUUUCCUGUGGCAUUACUGUAUUUUUCUGAUUUCUUUCUCUUAUUUGGAAAUUGUGGUCUUAAAUUGUACUGUACUUCAUCUUCCGAAAAGCUUCAAUCAAAUGUUGAUGUACAUAUGCAGUUAAAUAUUUUGGAGGGAAAUUUUACCAGCAAA